UGCAGAAGGGUCUUCUUCAAUGUCCAUGGUCUUCUUUCUAGUUUCUUGCGGGAGCCAAUCACCAAGCUGGCUUUUCCCCUGGCGCUAUUGGCUGGUUUAACACAAUGACGACAGGGAAGCGACGACAUGCAGCCAAUGGCAUACAGAGUAAUUUGUGUUGAAGAAACUGACAGCAGCCUCUCCAAACCAACGUGUAUUGAGCUUGGUCUGUCAAUAGCCAGGCUUGUACAUUUGACUACCAGCAAGACAGUUGUGUCAACCUGCAUUUGUCUUGUGAAGAACGUGGAAUACUUUAAUUGGACCAGGUAAAAACCGACCCCAGUAUGGAUAUGCCAUUAAGGGUAGGAUUUAUUGGAGCAGGAAACAUGGCAUAUGGAAUAGCAAAGGGGAUCUUAUCCGGAGAUGUUCUUCCUGUAAAUGUUAAAGUGAGUGCCCCAUCACCUAGGAACUUUGGACGAUUUGAGGAGUUGGGGAUCUCAGUCACACACUUCAACUCUGACGUGGUCUCUGGCUCAGAUCUGGUCUUCGUAGCUGUCAAGCCCCACCUGGUUCCAGAAAUUCUCCGUGAGAUCUCACAACUUGUAACUCAGAAACACAUUAUUGUUUCUGUUGCAGCGGGCGUAACAUUGGCAACAUUAGAGCUUCUCUUGCCAAAAGAUUCAGUGAUCCUCAGGCUGAUGCCUAACCUACCAUGUUUGCUCCUGGAAGGGGCUCUCCUCUUUUCAAGAGGCUCCUCUGCAAAGCCAGAGGAUGCAGCUCUACUUAGCUCUUUGCUGCAGCAUUGUGGCCUAGUGGAGGAAGGACCUGAGGCCUGGAUUGAUGUACACACUGGACUCAGUGGUAGUGGUGUGGCCUUUGUAUAUCUGUUUGCUGAAGCACUGGCAGAAGGGGCUGUUAAAAUGGGAAUGCCAAGUUCCCUCGCCCACAGCAUCGCAGCUCAGACUAUUGUGGGUGCCGGCAAAUUGUUACGUGACACAGGAAAGCAUCCUGCUCAGCUGCGCUCUGACGUUUGCACGCCGGGAGGGACAACGAUAUAUGGACUUCAUGCGCUGGAGCAAGGGGGUCUGAGGGCAGCAACCAUGAGUGCAGUGGAAUCUGCGACAGAGAGAGCCAGGGAGCUUGGCCAAAAGUCGGCAGGAGCUGGGAAUAGCAACUGAUGAUGUUGUCUUUACCGAUUAAAAUGGAUGAGUCCCACUCCAGUCUUAACUUUUCAGAGCCUGCAAGCAAGCAGACCUUUUCCACCAACCAGCCAAACUUCACAGAGGAACCAAAUUGGUCUCUGUUUUUGCCUUGUAUCGGUUUCAUCUUGAUAGGUUAUUAUCAUAAUGGGUAAACGGUAACACAAUCGUUUUAUUCACAUUUAAUUUAAUCCUAUUGCUAACCACUUCAUUCUCUUACGAGUUUAAUAAAACGAUAAUAGUGAAGUUAUUGAACUUCCCUAUUACAAUCAUUGUUGAUAUUGAAUAAAACUUGAUAACCGAA